AUGGAUGACGGGUAUAACGAGAUCCCAACUGGGUAUCGUCGAAGUGCUGUUGUUGCUACUCAAGGCCGGCCAGUCCGUCGCCUUGCUCAUCUGCACUGCCAUCACUAUGUGGACAAGCCGUUUCCAGACCAAGGCAGAACUUGGAGAAUUUAUUACCACUUUCUCAAGUCACAGUACUCUGCCAAGCCCCUGAACGACUGGACAGACUCGGGACAUCCAGUCAAUAGCGACCACUUCAACUAUCUCAGCAACAGCUACAUGGACAGCUUGUCAAGCAUCGGUGUCACGCAGCAAGCCCCGCCGUUCAUCACACGUGCACCUUUUUCGUUGGUGGCUGACGAGAGGCUGCUCAGCAACACUCGUCUCUUCCGUUCCGAUACGGGAGUCGACAUGUCCCAAGAGGCUGCCAUCACGCGAUUCCUCAAUCUGCCCUUUUUGGCCCGAAGAAUCUUUCAGUUUUUGACCUACACUGAUCUGAUCUCCCUUGGCAUGACCCGGGCUGUCAAUUAUAAGAUUAUUGGCAAGUCCAUGAGCUGCUGGGACGUCUCCAACGCCGACUUCGGUCUUUGCAACCUAUCGGAUGAGCAAGCGGACAUAGCUAUCUUGAACCAGCGCUUCCAUCCAGAGACCAUCAAGGCCCGGGGCUGCCGCACCGAAGUCAUGGCAACCACAUCACGAACAGUGAACAAGCAAAGCCAGACUGACACUUUCAAGAAUGUUGUUCAGCUUCUCCGCGCGACACACAACUUCCAGCACAACAUCCAGGUGCUCCACCUUCACCGCAUCCCCUUUGUUGACAUGCGCAUCAUCGGCUCAAUUCUUCACGCAGGGAAUCUGCCAAAGCUUCAGGAGUUUGGCGUUUUCAACUGCGAGUUGAUCCACUAUGGGAACUCACUCGAAUUGCUGGACAUGAUCAGGCAGCGUGAGCUUCACGGGGCUCGCCGUCUUGACUUCUUCGACUUCUUCCCCCGAUACCAUGAGGGUCCUGACGACAUCAAUCGAGAAGGCUCUUUUGGCGUCAGCUGGAACGAUUCGGGCGUGGACACAAAUGCGGCCAUCUUUUCCUGGCUGCUCUUCCACACCAUUCCACGGUGUGCUGUUCUCGGCUUUGACAUGCUCGGCACCAACACAUCGUUCCGGCGCUGGCUUGAGAAGCUUCCGCUUGAGGACUGGGCUCUUCCACGGAUCCUCAGCCUCGGGUGCCCGCCGCCAUCAAACACAUUGGAGCUCAAUAAACUGUACCCUCCCUUUGUAGACAUGCCUGGCCAAGGAAACACUGGUGAGUACCUUGUCGACCUGUUCAACAUCCUGAUGCAUAGCCGGCCGGAGCCAAUCGCCAGAAAUGCAUGGGGUCUCAACCAUAUGUGUGCCUGGUGCUACGAAUUCUUCCCGGGAUUUCUGAUGUCUACGGCGCAAACAAGCAUGUGUGGUGGCUGUGCUAUCAAAUCCCAUCUCACCCAUGAGAAGGAUCACUACAAGCAGCACAAACUCUCGGUCAUUGAUGCCUGGAUUGGCAUGUCGCAGGGGGCUUCGGGUGAAGGCAAGCCCAAUCUGGGCGAUCUCGGGAAUUUCACUUGUGCGAUGUCUCAGGUUCGCUUUGAACAUGCGGCUCGCUUGGCCAACGAGAUAGACACCAUGCUCAACCUUGCUAUCAAGGCAAACUGCAUCCCUUCGGAUCCCGAACAUAAUGCCUGGCGCAUUGCCCAUCGGCAGCACAUUGUCGAUACUAGAGAUAGUUUCUACCUCUCGGCGUGCCUCUGGCCAGAUCUGGGAACCGGAGAUUUGCUGCAGUAUUGCCCGCAGACCGAGAUCGACGAGUGGAAAAAGAAAGCCGGUGAUUGGGACGCGAAGCACAUGCGGGAGAAACCAAACCGGUCUGUGAACAGCCGCGAAGGUGAUGACGAGUCUGACGACUGA